AUGGCGGUAACCAAGGUGCUCUCUCUCUCUCUCUCUCUCUCUCUCUCUCCAAUUAGGUUUCCAUCUCCAUCAGGUCUGGGAUUGUGCUCUCUAUGGAUUUGUCAUCUCUCAGUAUAUUCUCCAUUCUCCCAUGGCUUCCUCUUCGCCGCAAUACCACUUUCAUCGACUCUUCUUCCACACGUUCUUAAUCCUCCUCGGAUUCACGUUCUCUUCCCCGUUCUUCUCUUCCUCUUCUUCUCCUUCUUCUUUCUCCGGAAAAAAUGGAGGAAGAGCGGAAAGUACGAGAUGGGGAGGUUGUUAGGCAAAGGCACCUUCGCCAAGGUCUAUUACGCUAAGGAGGUCAUCGGCGGGGAGAGCGUCGCGAUCAAGGUGAUCAACAAGGACCAGGUGAUAAAGAAGCAGGGGAUGAUGGAACAGAUCAAGCGAGAGAUUUCGGUUAUGAAACUGGUUCGUCAUCCUAACGUCGUUGAAUUGAAGGAGGUCAUGGCCACCAAGACGAAGAUCUUCUUCGUGAUGGAGUACGUCAGAGGCGGCGAGCUCUUCGCUAAGGUCGCUAGGGGCAAGCUCAAGGAGGAUGUCGCCCGCAGAUAUUUCCAGCAAUUGAUCUCAGCCGUCGAUUUCUGCCACAGCCGAGGCGUCUCUCACCGGGAUCUGAAACCGGAGAAUCUCCUCCUUGACGAUAACGGAGAUCUGAAGGUCUCGGAUUUCGGAUUAUCGGCGUUGCCAGAGCAGCUCUGGCAAGACGGAUUGCUCCACACGCAGUGUGGGACUCCGGCCUACGUGGCGCCGGAGGUUCUCCGGAAGAAGGGAUACGACGGCGCCAAGGCCGACAUCUGGUCCUGCGGCGUCAUCCUUUAUGUGCUCCUCGCCGGAUUUCUCCCGUUUCAGGACGAGAAUCUGAUGAAUAUGUACCGGAAAAUCUUCAAAUCCGAAUUCGAAUCCCCGAUGUGGAUUUCUUCAGACGCGAGAAGAUUGAUCUCGAAACUUCUCGUCGCGGAUCCAGCGAAACGGAUCUCGAUCCCAGCCAUCAUGCGAACGCUGUGGUUCCGCAAGAACUUCACUCGCCCACUGUCUUUCAAAAUCGACGAAGCAAUAUCUUCACCGAGCAACAACAACAACGAAGAAGGAGAUGAAUCAGAGAAACCGAUCUCGCCGAAAUUCUUCAACGCGUUCGAGUUCAUAUCAUCGAUGUCGUCGGGAUUCGAUCUGUCGAGCCUGUUCGAGAGCAAGAGGAGGCUGAGGUCAAUGUUCACAUCGAAGUGGUCUGCAUCGGCGAUAAUGGCGAAGAUCGAAGGGGUUGGGAAUGAGAUGAACAUGAAGGUAAAGAAGACGAAGGACUUCAAGGUGAAGAUGGAGGGGAAGACGGAGGGGAGGAAGGGAAGGUUGUCGGUGACGGCGGAGGUGUUCGAGGUGGCGCCGGAGGUUGCCGUCGUUGAGUUCUGCAAAUCCUCCGGCGACACUUUAGAGUACAACAGGUUCUACGAGGAAGACGUCAGACCCGCGUUGAAGGACAUCGUUUGGACGUGGCAAGGCGAUAAUAAUAAUAAUAAUAAUAAUAAUAAUAAUAAUAAUAAUAAUAAUAAUAAUAAUAAUAAUACCGCAGGGGAAUGUGACUGAAUGAUGACGAGUAAUUUUUGGAGUUGGGUACAGGUUUUCACUUCAUUUUAUUUUAUUUAAAGCCUAAGGGGAGUUUUACUAGAUUUCACAUUUCAGUUUGUAAAAUGAAACUGUCGAAUUGAGAUAGUGGA